AUGAAGAAUCUCCUUGGCGGGAAAGGUGCAAACCUUGCAGAGAUGGCGGCAAUUGGCCUUCCUGUUCCCCCGGGUUUCACGCUGACCACGGAGAUCUGCACCUACUUCUACGAGCAUGGCUGUACCUACCCGAAGGAGUUGAAGACUCAGGUCGAGCAGGCCUUGGCCUUGGUGGAGUCGCGCACGGGCCGUAAGUUCGGAGAUGCCACGAACCCUCUGUUGGUCUCUGUGCGCUCCGGGGCCCGGGCCUCAAUGCCGGGAAUGAUGGACACGGUGCUCAACCUUGGCCUCAACGACGUCACGGUGGAAAGCCUUGCGAAGCAGUCGGGGGACCGCCGCUUCGCCUUCGACAGCUACCGUCGGUUCGUGCAAAUGUAUUCUGAUGUGGUGCUGAACAUAGAACUCAGCCACUUCGAGAAACUGCUGGACCGGGCGAAGGAGAAGCGCGGCGUGCGGCUCGACAAUGAGCUGUUGACAGAGGACCUAGAAAACCUCACCAAG